CUCGAAGCUCCGCCUCCACCACAUUUCAUGAACUUCCAGUGUUGUAAUUUCCCCUUCUGGAUAACUUCGUUUUCCAGCGCGACGGACAUUUUCCUGCUGUCCUCAUCUGCACUCGUCCAUUGUUUGAAGAGAAAAAUGCCAAUGGAAGGGCUGAUGUCAUCAAAUACAGUCAGAAUACAACAUAUCUUCUCCUGGUUUGACAUGGAAGCGGCUGCAGUAGUGACCAUCAUUUUGGGUCUGUUCCAACUGCUCCUGACUCCUCCGCUGGCUUAUACUGACCACAGGCUCCCAAACAUCUUCAUACUCCCACUUGUAACAGGAAUUAUUAUUGUGGCAGGUGGAUCAUUUACCUUGGCAAAUAAAAGAAAUCCCAGCAGACCUCUGCUUCUAGGUUCAGCCUGCAGUAAUGGCGUUGGCUUUCUGAGUGCCCUGCUUGCCUUAUGCCUUUACUGCUUCCGCCUCAACAGCGUAAACAGCGAACCUCCAUGUACAUCAGCUUUCAUUGAAGAACAUGGUUGUCCUGCGGAUGUCCUGCUUGUUCACUGCUGGCGUGUGACACUGCUGCUGCUGCUUUAUGACAUUGGUGCCAUUGUCCUACACGUAGUCUUUUCAGUCAACGCUCUCAAAGCCCUUAAAAACAACUGAUAUCUGGACGCAGGCACACUCAGAGACAUUCAUGUGCAGAGAAACAGCAUACUGAAGCAUACAUAUCUUGAUUGAUUGAUUGAACAUAUAAACAGAGGAAUGUAUAAUGGCAAAUGAAAACCCUAAGAAAGGAAAAGAACAUCAAUAGCUGU